AUGGACGGCAUUGUCCCAGACAUAGCAGUUGGUACAAAGCGGGGAUCGGACGGGCUCUUCUCUACCUGUGUCACUAACGGACCCUUUAUCAUGAGCAGCAACUCAGCCUCUGCAGCAAACGGAAAUGACAGCAAAAAGUUCAAAGGUGACAACAGAAGUACAGGCGUGCCCUCCAGAGUGAUCCAUAUCCGGAAGCUUCCCAGUGAUGUCACCGAGGGCGAGGUCAUUUCCCUGGGACUGCCUUUUGGGAAGGUCACCAACCUCUUGAUGCUGAAGGGGAAAAACCAGGCCUUCAUUGAGAUGAACACAGAGGAGGCAGCCAACACUAUGGUGAACUACUACACCUCGGUGACACCUGUGCUCCGUGGCCAGCCCAUCUACAUCCAGUUCUCCAACCAUAAGGAACUUAAGACUGACAGCUCACCCAACCAGGCACGGGCCCAGGCUGCCUUGCAGGCAGUGAACUCAGUUCAGUCUGGGAACCUGUCGCUGGCUGCCUCAGCUGCUGCUGUGGAUGCUGGGAUGGCGAUGGCUGGCCAGAGUCCAGUGCUCAGGAUCAUUGUGGAAAACCUCUUCUACCCAGUCACCUUGGACGUGCUUCACCAGAUCUUCUCCAAGUUUGGCACAGUUCUGAAGAUUAUCACUUUCACCAAGAACAAUCAGUUCCAGGCACUGCUGCAGUCUGCCGAACCUGGGAGCGCUCAGCAUGCUAAGCUGUCCCUGGAUGGGCAGAACAUCUACAGUGCUUGCUGUACACUCCGCAUCGACUUCUCUAAGCUCACCAGCCUCAAUGUGAAGUACAACAAUGACAAGAGCCGAGACUACACCCGUCCUGACCUGCCCUCUGGUGACAGCCAACCCUCUCUGGACCAGACCAUGGCUGCAGCCUUUGGUGCACCUGGUAUAAUGUCAGCCUCUCCGUAUGCAGGAGCUGGUUUCCCUCCCACCUUUGCCAUUCCUCAAGCUGCAGGCCUCUCUGUUCCCAAUAUGCAUGGGGCCCUCGCCCCUCUGGCCAUCCCAUCAGCGGCAGCAGCAGCGGCGGCAGCUGGCCGGAUCGCCAUCCCAGGCCUGGGGGGGCUGGAAAUUCUGUUCUGCUGGUCAGCAACCUCAACCCUGAGAGAGUCACACCCCAAAGCCUCUUUAUUCUUUUUGGCGUGUAUGGCGAUGUGCAACGGGUGA